UCUUCCCUCAUCCUCAAAUCCCAAUCUUUGUCUCCAUGUCUGAAUAUCCUUGUUCCUGCAAGAUUCUAGGGUUCUUGAUCUUCUCAUAAUGCCAGAUUUAGGAAACUUAUCGCUCUCAGAAGCUCUUGAGCUCCCUCACUGCCCUAAUCUGAAUGUCCCUGCGGAGCCAUCUGAUCUCACCAGUUCACUGUUCACAGUCCCAGUUAAAACCCUUGGUAAUUGUUACAUUUCCAACCACACUCUUCUAUUCCCGGUUCUUCUGCAGGACGAGGCCCAGAGUGGAAAUGAAUUCAGGGUUUCAAAGCGGAGCCGUAGUUAUUUGGAUCGGGGCAAUAAGGCAGCCAUUGACAAAGGUUCAGAAGAUCACGUGAAAGAUUGGUCUGAGAAGAAAAUAGAUUCCGGGUUUUGCAGACUCAGCUGCACUCUUCCGUUUCUUGUCGGUGCUCCGAAGAUGGCUGAAUGUUUUUAUUGCCAUUAUUUUGUCUACCCCGGGAAGGAGGUUAUAUGUUCUGUCCGAGGCUGUGAAAGAGUUUACCAUGUGGAAUGUGCAAAAGAAGCUGGUGGAAUCUCAAAUCCCAAAAAAUUCAAGUGCCCACAUCAUGCUUGCUUUAUUUGCAAACAAAAAUUACACUUGCGGUGUGAGCGGUGCACAAUGGCGUUUCAUGCUAAAUGCGCACCGUGGCCAGAUGCUGUAAUGCUGUCAAAGGAUCAUCCUGGACGAGCUGUUUGUUGGAGGCAUCCUACUGAUUGGCGGUUGGAUAGAAAGCAUGAAGCUUCAACAAGUGACAUGGAGGAAGUGUUUUGCCGUUUGCCUCUUCCUUAUGUCAAUGAGGAGUUCAAGAUUGAUUUCACGUGGAAAGACAUGGAGAGUAAACUUGAACCCCCUCCAUAUGUACACAUAAGACGCAAUAUAUACCUCGUCAAGAAGAAGCGCAGUGAUUGUGUCAAAAAAAAGAAGAAGCGCAGUGAUUCAGAUGAUGGCGCAGGGUGCACCAGUUGCACUUCUAAUUCUACGUGUUCUGAUGAUUGCGUUUGCAGAGUUCAAUGCAUAAGCUGCUCUAAGGCUUGCCGCUGCUCAGAAAAUUGCAAUAAUCGGCCAUUUCGCAAGGAGAAAAAGAUCAAGAUUGUCAAGACUGAACUUUGUGGCUGGGGAGUAGAGGCCGCUGAAAUCAUCAAUAAAGGCGAAUUUAUAAUUGAAUAUAUUGGAGAAGUAAUAGAUGAUGCUUUAUGUGAAAAAAGGCUGUGGGACAUGAAACAUAAAGGUGAACAAAAUUUUUAUAUGUGUGAGAUCCGGAAAGAUUUCACAAUAGAUGCAACUUUCAAAGGAAAUACAUCACGCUUCUUAAACCAUAGUUGUGAUCCCAACUGUGUUUUGGAGAAGUGGCAAGUUGAUGGUGAAACACGCGUCGGUGUCUUUGCUGCUCGCUCAAUCGAAGUCGGAGAACCGUUAACAUACGAUUACAGAUUUGUGCAAUUUGGACCAGAGGUAAAGUGCCACUGUGGUGCCCCAAACUGUCAAGGCUUUCUAGGGACCAAAAAGAAGAUUGACAAGGUGAACCUUUGCUGUGGCUGGGGCUCAAAACGGAAGAGAACUUAUAUUACAAUGGGGACCAAAAAGGGAACUUCACCUGCUUGCAUUGCUAUAAUAACAGCCCCAAAGUGAAAUUCCACUUUUUCCUUGGGGCAAUGAUGAGCCUUUCAAGCAGAAGAUGACUAUUUUUUGAUAUGAUUGUGAGGAAGCUGUUACUCGGCAUGAACUUCUGAGAUAUGUUGUAUCAUUGUUACUGUAUUGGUUAUUACUAAAUAGUAUCAGAAAAUUUUGUUGA